AUGUCAAAUACACAACCCCAGUGUGCUUGUUCAGCCUUCUUUGCAACAGAGGAUAAUCUACAACAGCAUCUUGCAGAAUACCGGUCCCGCGAACAGCGCUUACAAGCCGAACUCGAAAGGUGCCGAACCCAUUCGAGGACUGAUGGCGAUGAUGGUCGAGACAAGAACGACAAUCGAGGCGAAUGCGAGGACGACCCAUAUUAUUAUGUCAAAGCGGCCGGAAAUCCGAUGGGCGCAGAUGUCGCAUGCGAGGAAGUGCAUGAUGACGAAGAUGAACGAAAGCGGGCCUAUAUCAAGAAAACAUGCGAUGAGUUAUGCGAACGAUCCGACAAACAACUGGCUCUCGCAAUGACCCAGUGUCGAUCAGCAGUUGUAGGGAAGAAAAGGACAUGGGAGAUGGCAGCCUUGGACUCAGAGAUGUCGAGGGCUCGCGCCGAGUUCGACGGGAUUAAGACAACGGCAUUGGAUCAACCCCAUCUCCAAAUCAAUGAAAGUGACGGCCUUCACUUGCUCGGCUCGGCUUGCAUUGAACCAUCUGCACACCCAAUCCCGAUGCAGUCGCAUAUAGAAUUACCGCGACUGGCGGCCAUGACCGAACCCGUUAAUACUAGCAGCUCUCGGGACAUGCCAACAGAGGAAGUUUACUUCAACCAUGGAGAAGGGCAAACCCAAGGUCUUGACUUGCUACAAGAUUUUGAUGCUCCUAUCCUUCAGAUUAUGAACAGUGUCCCAGCAUUGACGAACAAGUGGACGGCUGAAAAUUAUGGUACUAUAGGUACAAACACAGAAGCUGCAGUGUAUCAUGAACUAUGA